AUGCUCCCCCACCCCCUGCCUCGACCAUCACCAUCCGUCCCGUCGUGCAGCCACAAUCCCAGUCCGCCUCUCCCCGUCCACGCCGUUCUCCCUAACCUCGCACACCUUCGUCCUGUUCACAACCCUCACACCUCUCUUCCUUCACACAGUACUGCGUAUGCUCACAUCGACGAAUCUCCUCCUCCUCUCCCCUGUCGCCCUCACACCGUGACACCCACAAACCACCCCCCGUUCGUGGCUCGGAUUCUCCAAUUUCUUGUGCCUGUCACCCUGUCCCUGCACUGCGUCCGCAAUUCUUCUUUUCCCUCCUUUGGGCUCCUGGGUCACUCCUUUCUCUCCCGUCACUCGCAAUCCAAUCCAAUCCUCGUCCUCACCCCAAGACAAAUCGUCUCCAGUCGUUUACUUUGGCUUCCAUCGGCCUUCCUUGCUCCUCGCCUACCUUCAUUCUCCCCCCCUUCUCUUGCUGCCCUUUACUUUUCCCUCUCCACCAAGCCACGAGCCUAG